GACACACUGGCCAGGCAUACAGAAGGUCGAGAAGAAGUGUCCUUUCAUGUAAAAAUGCUUCAGGUGUACAAGGGCCUGUACAUCCUUUUUGUAUUCACUGCUCACUUCAAUUUGGAAUCGAGCUAGGCACCACUAUUCUCCUCGCUUGUUAGACGCUUGAAACCCUGCAGGCGAUUAACCGCCUGUCUUGGUGUGCCUCUGUAUCUGUAUCUGAGGGACUGGACUGGACUGGGUCUCAUGUAAAAGGCGAAGAUCUUCGUCUCCCCCGACCAAGCCUGCGCGCUCCUGCCUUGCUGGUCAUGUCUUCGCGUUCCACAUCUACUACAAUUCCACAUCGAACUUCAAUCUCAUCCACCACUUCAUCACACCACUCUCAUCCUUCACAGUCCUCACGGUCUAAUCCCCCAUCUUUGACAGCCCAGCAGUUGGCUGAACGAGUCAUCUCUCCGGGCUCAGUGCUCUUUCAACACUCGGUUUCCGCUCCCUCUGUCAGACGCCGGGUUCCAGAACGAGGUACCACCGCCAUGGACCGGAGGCACCCAAGUUCAUUCCAGCAGCUGGAAAAGCUGGGUGAGGGGACCUACGCCACCGUCUACAAAGGCCGCAACCGACAAACUGGAGAACUGGUUGCCCUCAAGGAGAUCCACCUCGACUCAGAAGAAGGCACUCCCUCCACCGCAAUUCGAGAAAUCAGCCUUAUGAAGGAACUCAAACACGAGAACAUAGUUACGUUGCACGAUGUUAUUCACACCGAGAACAAGCUCAUGCUCGUGUUUGAGUACAUGGACAAAGAUUUGAAAAAGUACAUGGAUGCGCGGGGUGAUCGAGGACAAUUGGACCAGGCUACGAUCAAAAGGUUCAUGCAAGAUUUGCUGAGAGGGACGGCGUUCUGUCAUGAGAACAGGGUCCUGCACCGAGAUCUGAAACCACAAAACUUGCUCAUCAACACAAAAGGUCAACUCAAAUUGGCGGAUUUUGGUCUCGCUCGCGCCUUUGGCAUUCCCGUCAACACCUUUUCUAAUGAAGUCGUCACUCUCUGGUACAGAGCUCCGGAUGUUUUGCUGGGUUCAAGGACAUACAACACCAGUAUCGAUAUCUGGUCAGCCGGCUGUAUCAUGGCAGAAAUGUACACUGGCAGACCGUUGUUCCCGGGCACGACCAACGAAGACCAACUUCAAAAGAUCUUUCGAUUGAUGGGUACGCCUUCCGAGCGAACGUGGCCCGGCAUUUCCCAGCUUCCCGAGUACAAGAGCAACUUCCCAUCAUAUGCGACCCAGUCAUUAGCAAUCCUCCUCCCACAGGUCGACCAACUUGGUCUCGAUCUUUUGAGCAAACUCCUCCAGCUACGACCAGAGAACCGCAUCAGUGCGCAGGACGCUCUUCUUCAUCCGUGGUUUUCAGAUUUACCAAAUUAUGCUGGACAUGGACGGGCACACGUGGCGGCGGGUAUACAUCAGCAAGGACAGCUUGGAAGCCACCAGAAUGUUGCAGGGGCUUAUGGGACACAGCCAGGGUUGGUGAGCCAUGGGGCAUACUGAGGGUUGGUGCAGGGUUGCGGGUUGCGGUCAAAAAGUCAAACAUGCGCAAAGGGUAUUUCUCGACGAAGCAGGUGGAUGGGGUUUACAACGACACUUUAAUUUCCUUGAUCAUGCGUAGACGACGGCUGGAAGAAGUCAAACAACAGCAAUGGAACGAGAGGGUUCAUACAGGGUGGGUUGGAAGGUGGGCAAAGGAUUCAACGAGAGAUGUUUUUGCUGGGCUGGGUCGGCCUAUGUCGAUGCACAGUCUGGCGGUCAGCGCAGGCGUCUUGUGGUGAUUCUAUAUCAAGUACGAUGAAUCCGUAUAGCAUGCACUCAGGUGCCUACGUGAGGUAUUCAUGUUACAAGGUUCGCUGGCUGUCAUAAACAAUAGGUGGAUUAUAAUGAGUUGUUGGUCCCAUCAACCAUAGGC